GUGAUUGAGUGUUUUUAGGAGAGGGGCUGAGAAAAGCUCUCAAUCCUUUUAUUAGCAUCUUUGUUACUGGACGUUUUAGUGAAGUAAACAUCUGAGCUGCAGAGGGCAGCAGAGGAGUCAGGAAGUGACACGAAUCCCUGAAAGGCUCAGUCUUUAACUUGGAAGCUGAGGAGAACCGUCAUGGGAAUCUUGACUAACGUUGGUGUUUCGGCAGGAACAGCUGGAGUAGCUGGAGCGGUCGGAGCAGUGGCCCUGGCUCCUGUGGUGCUGGGGGCCAUAGGUUUCACCACAGCUGGAAUAACAGCUGGAUCCUACGCUGCAGGAUGGAUGUCUGCUGCUGCCAUCGCUAACGGUGGAGGGGUGGCAGCAGGAAGUACUGUGGCUGUUUUGCAGUCUGCAGCUGCUGCUGGUUUGUCAUUAGCCACCAAAGCGACGGUGGCCGGCGUUGGAGGUGGUGUUGGAGCAGCUGCGGGAUAUUUGUCUAAAUUCUUUUAUAGGAAAUAAAGGAAUGACUUGUGUAACUAACUCUAAAAUGACAUCUUCAUUUGACUGUAUUUUAAUUAGGCAUAACUUGCUUUUAUUUAUAAUCUGUUUUGAUCAACUUCCGGUUAGAAUGAAAUGCUUUUAUUUUGAAGGGCCUCUUUCCUGUUGUAACAGUUAAUGCAAGCUUGCUUUACAGUGAUAAAACAGCCAAAGCAGCUUUGACGGAGAGCUAAUAUGGAUUUUGCUAUUAGCAGCCCCCUUGAUAGAGGCACGAGGUACAUUUAUUAUCUUAAAAUAUUUAUGUUUAGGGUGACCAUACGUCCUCUUUCCCCCGGACAUGUCCACUUUUCAAUUUCGUUAUCGAAAUUUCUGAUUCUUAUCGAGAUCAUUUUUCCCAUGUCAAUAAAUUUGAUAAUAAAAGAUGAAAAGAUGUGUGUAAGUUGGCAGUGUUCAUGUCCCUUUAAGACGCGGUACCACCUUGAGUCACGUAAAAAUGUGUAAUACAUGCAACAGCCCCAUCUAGUGGACAACUUUUGUUUCUGCGCACACCUGUAGUUAUCGUCCAUUUAUCGUUCUCAAGGUUAAAUCCUCAAUAUAUUGUGAUAUUGAUUUUAGGCCAUGUCGCCCAGCCCUAGUGUGACGUCAGAUCUCCUGUCCUCUUUUUUGGAAAUGGAAAUAUGGUCACAGGUCACCCUACUUAUGUUUGAUAAAAUAGGUAGAUUCAAUUAAUUUAUCUUCGACAGCUAAACAUUUGUAAUGUAUGGUGUAUGUUGUAAACUGUUAAUAACAGUUGUAUUAAUUGUAAGAGACUGGAUUUAUUUACAUGUUUUUUGUACACAUCUCCAGCUCUUACGGUGAAAUUGAGGUUCAUCAUCAUUAAAUCCAAAACUU